AUGGACGUAGAGCUGUACGUCUACGACCUCUCCAAGGGUCUCGCCCGCCAGUGGUCCCUCCCCCUAACGGGCACGCACAUCGAUGCCAUCUACCACACCGCCAUCGUGCUCAACGGCGUGGAAUACUACUUCGGCCAUGGCAUCCAAACAGCCUACCCGGGGAGCACACACCACGGCCAGCCCAUGGAAAAGGUCCAUCUGGGCCAGACAGAGCUGCCCCUGGACUCCUACGACCUCUUCCUCCACAACUGCAACAACUUCACCCAAGACCUGGCCAUGUUCCUCCUGGGCAAGAGCAUCCCCGACCACAUCCGCAACCUGCCCCAGACCUUCCUCAGCACGCCCCUCGGCCAGAUGCUGAAGCCCCAAAUCGAAGCCGCCUUGCGCCCCAUCACCCAGGCCCCAAGCACCGGCGCACCAACACAAGCCCCUACCCAACCGCCGAGUAAAGUCCACCAGGUCACCAGUCUCGCACAACUCGACCACGAGCUCAACCAAGCCCGUCACUCCGCCGCCAUCAUCUUCUUCACCUCGGCGACCUGCCCGCCCUGCAAAGCGCUGUACCCACUGUACAACUCGCUCGCCGAAGAAGCAGGGUCCAAGGCCCGGCUCAUCAAAGUGGACAUCAGCGGCGCCUACGACGUGGCCAUGAAACACGGCAUCACCGCCACCCCAACAUUCAAGACCUACCUCAAGGGCCAGGAAACCGAGACGUGGAGCGGGGCCAACGCGUCCCAACUGCAGGGCAACCUACGACUGCUGCUCGAGAUGGCCAACCCAGCGCAUCCGCACCGCAAACUCUCGCUCCCGACCUUCCAACGCCCCUGCUCACCCAUCCAAUACAAGAACCUGCCCCCGCUCGCCAAACUCAUCCAGAAACUGCCCCCGGACACCCGCUCCAACAAGAUCCUAACCUCGAUGACAUCCUUCAUCACCCACUCCCUCCAAGACCCCAAGAUAGAAACCCCCCUGCCCCCCGACACGCCCUCCUAUCCAAGCUACAUCGAGGCCCUGCUCCGCGACACGCCAGCCGACGCGCACUUCGCCGUCAUCGACCUGGCACGACUCCUCGUCCUCGACCCGCGCAUCGCCGCCUACUUCGCCGCCCAGAACCCGCCGUCGACACUACUCUCUCUUCUCUCCCUGACUACAACUACAACAACAACAACAACAACAACAACAACAACCGCCACCGCCGCCGCCGACGACGACAACAACAACAACACCACCCAAAGCAAAGAAAAACCAUACAACACAACCCUGACCACCCUCCACCUCCUCGCAAACCUCACGGCCACCCCAUCCGCCCUCCUCUCCACCUCCCCAGCCCUCUCCACCGCAACCCUCUCCACCCUGACCACGUCCCUGUUCCACGCGAACCCUAAGAUCCGGUGCGCGGCCGCCUCCCUGGCCUACAACCUGGCGGCGCAGAACCACAACGCCCGGCUCGACGGAAAGGGCGAUCUCCUCGCCGAAGACGACCAGGUGUCGCUGGUGGCGGGGCUAGCGGAGGCGAUCGCGAACGAGGGGCAGAGCGGGGAGGCGUUGCGGGGGUUUCUGAUGGCGCUGGGGCUGUUGUUGUACGAGUGUGCGGUGGACGGGGAGGUGAGUGAGGUUUGUCGGGUGCUGGGGGUGAAAGAGACGGUGAUGGGGAAGGAGGGGUUGUUGUUUGCUGGGGGGGAGGGGGAGAACUUGAACUUGAACAUGAACUUGGAGGGGUUGAUUGGGGAGGUGGGGAGGUUGGUGGGGGGGUUGUAG